AUGGCUAUCGCAACCAACAAUGCACGUGCUAAUGUGAUAUGUGCCCACCUCCCUGACUAUAACCAAUUUCCUUUUUUACAACCACAUCUUAAGACAUGGGAAGGGAAAAAAAAAAAAGACAUGAAAAGGAAAGAGGAUGCUGGAAAGUCAUGGAAAACAGACAAUGACCCAGUGAACGAAUCUGGGGGCAAGGCCAAAACGAAGAAGUGGCCGAAAGGCAAAGUUCAGGACAAGCUCAAUAACCUAGUCUUGUUUGACAGAGCAACAUACAACAAGCUCUGUAAGGAAGUUCCCAAUGACAGGCUUGUAACCCCAGCUGUUGCCUCAGAGAGACUGGAGAUCUGCAGUUCCUUGGCCAGGGCGGCCCGCCAGGAGCUCCUUAGUAAAGCACUUGUCAAACUAAUUUCAAACCACAGAGCUGAAGUAAUUUACACCAGGAACACUAAAGGUGGGGUUGCCCCAGUUGCUGCUGAAGAUGCAUGA